AUGUCCUACCCUAAGCCCCAAGGGGUUAAAAAGGGUAAUUUCCCCGCAUUCUUGGAAUGGGAUGCGUUUGAGGUACUAUUCGGCAUCAUCGACAGAGGUGUUACGGACACUGAAGACAUCGCAUUGGAAAAAUUCGGUUUGGAAAUAUCGGUACCAACCGUAUUAACCAUACCAAUAGCAGUCUCCACUGCGCCUGACCCCGAAUCGACAGAAACAGACGAGGAAGAGUCAGAAGAGCCACCUGAAGUAAGUCCGAAAAUAGAAGAAGAAGAUUUAAACAAUCUCACUAUUCCGGCAGUAUACACUGAUCUGGAUUCAACGGAUUCAGAUACUUCAGAGAGCUCGCAAAAUAACAAACUAAACAGUACAAUCACCAUGGCCGACGAAACGAUUGCCCAAAGGGCAUACAUUAAAGAAAUUUCGAGUGCCAUACCCGAAUUCAACGGCCAAAAAUUACAUCUGCAAAGAUUUGUAACGGCCUUGAAGUUAGUUAAUCUAACGAAGGGUACAUUUGAACAUAUAGCUGUAGAAGUUAUUAAGUCCAAAAUUGUAGGAUCUACUCUUUAUAAAGUUCAAGAUGAAACAACCAUAAACGACAUAAUCAGAAAACUUCAGGAUACAGUAGUCGGCGAAACAUCCGACGUAAUAAAGGCCAAAAUGGCCAAGACUGUCCAGAAAGGCAAAACAGCCGAAAAAUUUACUACCGAUAUUGACAAUUUACGGAAGCUCCUCGAAGCUUCGUAUAUCGACGAAGGCCUCUCAGCCGAACACGCUGAUAAAUUCAGCACGAAGGAAGCCAUCUCCACAAUGGUCAAAAAUUGUGAGCAUGGCCGACUGAAGACAAUACUGGAAGCUGGCAACUUCACAACAAUGAAUGAAGCCGUCACUAAGUACAUACAAUGUAGUACUGAAAUGACGGGAAAUGCCAAUACCAUAUUGUAUGCGCAAAGAGGUAACAACUAUCGCGGUAAUAAUUAUAGAAAUAAUUAUCGCGGUAGAGGUAAUAGCCGAGGUUACUACCGAAAUAAUGGCUAUAACCAAAACAACCAGAAUAACGGUCAUAACCGCAGCUAUAAUAAUAAUAAUAAUAACAAUAAUUAUUAUAGAGGAAACAACCGUGGCGGAAACAACCGCAGCGGAAACAACAGCGGAUCAAACCAAAAUAACCGUAACAACCAGAACAAUGUCCGAUUGGCUCAAACCAAUUCGGAAAACCAGCCAAACCCUUCAGAUAUCUAG